UCAAUUCUUGGUUAACACUUAACUGUCAAAGAAAAGGGUCUCGACUCUCAACUCUUAAGCUUAUUGAGUGUUUCCUGACUUCAAUUUUUUAUUAUUUUAGUUUUAUAAUAUAAAUAUACCCUUAGUAUCCGAAGAUGGUAUUGUAGAUUAACGUUUAUUAUUUAUAUCACACUAUGGCCCUUUACGAAGGGAUCGCCCUUAUUCAAGAAAAGCAAGCAGUGGUUUUGGAUCUUGGUCAUGACUAUACCAAAUUCGGUUUUACGGGAGAGGCGGCGCCACGAUGUAUCAUUCCCUCAAGUUUUUGGAGCCCAGAUGAAAAAUGUUAUAAGAAAGUGUAUGAUUACAAAGAUGAAGAUGAACUGUAUGAAAACCUUGUACAUAUGCUGCAUCUGCUGUAUUUCAGACAUGUUCUAGUGAAUCCUAAGGAGCGUAAAGUAGUAGUAGUGGAAUCUCUCCUAACUCCUACACUCUUUAGAGAGACUCUAGCCAAAGUGCUGUUCAUGCAUUAUGAGGUGUCGGGUGUGAUGUGGGCGGACAGCGCUCGACUGUGUGCCCUCACACUGGGGACAAACAUCACACUUGUUGUUAACAUUGGAGCACUUGAAGCUGAGGUUGUGGCUGUGGUCCACGGCAGUCCCGUCAUCCACGCCAUUCAGAGCGGCCCGCUGGGAGCUCGCGCCGUGUCCACGGAGCUCGCCCGUCUCCUCGACGAGCAGUACGGAGCUCCGCUCCAACUGUCGGAACACGUCCUCGAGGACAUCCGCGUGCGCGCCUGCUUCGUGCCCGGCAGAGCACGUGCUCUCACCCUGGACGACCCGAGCACGGUGGGGGCGCGCGGUGUCUCCGUCACCGGACCGGAUCGAGUCCUCACCGUGGGCGGGAAAGCGCGCGAGCGAGCUGCAGAGACGCUGUUCCUUAGAAACAACGAGUUGGCGUCGCUGCCCGAUCUUAUGCUCAAAUGUAUCCUCCAGUGUCCGAUCGACGUACGGCGCGAGCUGGCCGCGAACAUCCUGGUGACGGGCGGCGGCGCGGCGCUCACCGGGCUCAAGGCGCGCUUGGCGGCGGAGCUGAGACACCUCGUCACCCUGACGCCCUACAGUGAGUCGCUGCACGGACUCCAGUUCUCGUUCCACUCAGCGCCGUCUCCGGACAGCACGGUGUCGUGGAUGGGCGGGGCGCUGGCGGGCGCAGCGGACAGCGGCUCUCGGGCGCUCCUCAAAGACGUGUACUCCCGGUCGCGGCGCCUGAGGGACUGGCCGUGUCUGCUACACACCACGCCGCCCGACCAUCAUCACUGGGCGGAGCUUCAAUGCUGACUGACAUCCUCCACACACUCACCUUCCGGUCUCUCUUCAUCAGAAGUUAGUUUCGCUUCACAUCAUGGUGAUACGUGCUGUUUUAAUGUUUGUUUUUUUUCCAAAAAAAUCAUAAUAAAUUCUCAAAGAUUUCCUCAUUACCGCAAACUAGCUAUCAUUACCUGUAAGUGUCUUUUAAUGUAACAUAAUAUAGAUUAUUAUAUACAUAAUAUUGAAUAAUAAUAAAAACUCCUUAUUUAUA